UAUUAUUAGUUUCUUUGUUUAUCUUCUUGACUGUAAAAGUACUAGUAGUCAGUGGUUGAUCACUAUUUCUGUGUACUUGACUAUGUUCUUGCUAUGGUUUUCUAUGGCUUUUGGUUUUCUCUGUUUGUGGGGUUAUGGUGAGAAUAUAGGCUGCUCCAGAUGGUUUUGUAAUCUGUGCCUGUGGUUUUGCUAAAUUUCUGUGUGUGUGUGUGUGUGAGAGUUUCGGGAUAGUGUUUGAAACUUUUUAUAUAAGCUAAUCUAGUUUUAAGUACUUGCUAUUCAUAAGGUUGAAUUUGUUCAUGUGCUAUGGAAAAUGGAGAUUGAUUUGCAGGAUGAAUAUAGAAUAUAGAUUACUGAAUGAAAUUUGCUAAAUUCGGUUGUCUUUUAAAGUAGUGUUUUCUUUGUCUCCUUGCCUGGCCUUGUAACUUUUUCCCAUUGAUUCUUAGAUACAGAAUUCAGUGUCUAAACUUUGGGCUGGCUUUUAAAUUUUGUCACUAUCCGUGAAUUAAACUCAGAGUUUCUAUGACACUUUAAGAUCACAUUAACCAGUUGAUUUUUAAGUUAAAGAAAGAACAAUCAAAUAUGUGCAUUUAAGUUAGUUUGAGUUCAUUUUAGAGUGAUACAACAGAAAAUCAAAUUUCCCAUGGCUCAAUUUUAAUUUAAUCCUUUGUUUUUCUUAUGGGAACUUUUUAGAAAUUCUUAGGUGGUAUUCAUGCUGCCUCACUCAACAUUUUCUAAUAUAUGUGGGUGUUUGUGUGUUUACUUGAGUGCGAAUAUAUAUGUUAGUGGAACAAAGAGACCACAAAACGUGUGGCUUUAGUGUGAGAUAUAUGCCUUUAAUUCUUCAAGCUCAGCAAUCUAUGAAUAUCAUUCACAAAUUACAGGGAAUCAUAAAUUUACAUGACUGAUGCAUGAGAUAUGCUUUGUGCUGAUUUGGCCCUUCAACUUGGAUUAGGAUAUACCUGUCCAUAGUGUAUAUAUUCUCUAUACUUAUCUACAUGGAAUCAAUCUUGAUUAAAUUAUUUAUCUCCCUUCUUUUCUUAUUAUAGACUGCAUUUUAUUUCUAGCAUAAGUUGUAUAUAGUUUAUUUUUUCAUCUGUAUCUCUCUUUCUUAUAUUUUUGUUUAAGUGGUUUUUCUUGAGGAAUCUUCCAUGUUUUUAACAAUUCCCAAAAGGUCUUCUGCCUUGAUCAUUGUUGAUUCUCCUAGUUCAUGAUGCCUUCGCAUAUUUGGAGAUGUUGAUUGUCAAGUAACAAGAAUCACUCUCUUAGUCACAGAGGAUAAGAUUGUCUAGAUUGGUCGUAUUGCAGGCUGGCAGAAUCUAGUUGUUGCUCAUAUAGAAUGUAAACUAGCUUCUCCAACUGACUACACAGCUCGACAAUGAAACCUAACUUUGACCUUGAAAUAAAAGCCCUUUCGGAAAGUGAUUCUGAAGUUAGCAGCCAAGUCGCUUCCAACAUAUCCAUUCAAGAAACCUCUGCAGGUCCCUCCAAUGACAGCCUCACUAACUGUUCCCAUCUCACUAAUCUCAUAGUGGCUCAAUCAGAGUCGGAGCCAAUCACUCUUGACUUGACUCUCAGCUUCAACACUGAUGAUCUAUGUGGAAGGGAUUCAUUCGGACUCUCAUUGUCAAGCACUAGCGAGAGUAGCAACGAACCAGCAUCCCAUACUACAACAGCAGCCAUCUCACGAGUUUUUUCUUGCAAUUACUGUCAACGCAAGUUCUUCAGCUCGCAGGCUCUUGGUGGACACCAAAAUGCACAUAAGAGAGAACGAACACUGGCAAAGCGGGCUAUGCGAAUGGGUAUAUUCUCAGAGAGGUAUGCCAGCCUAGCAUCUCUGCCUCUGCAUGGAUCUUCAUUCAGGUCCCUGGGAAUCAAAGCACACUCUUCAGCGCAUUAUGGCUUUGUGCCACCAGUUAGGCCUUCUGAGGUCAGAAACAAUACAAGAUUUCAAAAUGGCUAUAUGGGAAUGCCUAUUUUCGUCGAGGAUGAUGAGGCAGAGCUGUUGUGGCCUGGUAGUUUCCGUCAAGUUGCUGAGGCAGGUAAUCCUCCUCAUCCUAGUUUUGUAUUGACUGAAAGUUCAAACAUAAAUUUUGUAGAGGUGACUCCACAAGUUGACAUAGACAACUCUACACCUGAUCUCACACUGAAACUUUGAGAGGUUUGUUGGUUUCAAAUGUGGCUUCAGUUUCUCCACUUCUGUUAUCUCUGUACAGUGAGAUGUGCCUGGGCAAUGACUGCAAGCUUUCGUUCUUAUAGCUCUCUUCUUUUCUAGCACUUUUGAUCCUUCUCUUUUCUUAUCCAAUCAUCCUGUUUAAUGUUCUACUUGGAAUGUUUGUCAUUGUAUAAGAGCCUCGCGAAGAUAUUUUGGGGGCUCCUAUGCUUGUUAUGACACAUAUUAUGUAAUGUAAUUCCAGUGCUUAAAUUAUGAUUGAUUAUCUUUCCUUUAG